AUGGAAGACUGGGUGUAUGUUGAAAGGAGGCGACGGAGCAGGAAGAAGAAGCCCGAAGGGGGGAGCAAAGAUGCCGGGCGUCACAUCGCGCACACUGCGCACACCGCGCGUAGCACCUGUGGCCGCUUCACAGAGCACCCCCCCGUGGACCAAGCAAAGCUCGCAGAAAAGACAUUGAGCGAAAUAAAAAAGGUCAUGACCUGCUUAGAAAAAAGUGACUUCUUUUUAAACUUCCAUCAACAGUUUAUGAAAGUCGUGGACAAAGCCAAGGUCCAUAUAAAAUGCGCCAUCUGCCUGGGCCUCGGUUCUUUAGAGGAUCCUAAUUGGAACAGCAGAAAGGCUUGCCUGUACCAGCUCGGCUUUAUCCUACUCCUUGUGAGGAUAUACAAUGUAAAGAAGGUAUACAUUUAUGACCCUAAAAUUGGGGUAGUGGACCGGUAUGUUUGUGAUCGCUUCCAUGUAGAGGUGCUGUCCCGUUGUGAAGAAGAGGGUCGCGUGGAGGAGGAAGCACACAUCGAUCAGCCACACAGUGAUACAUGUGCGGAGGAGGAGAAGGACGAUAAGACAAAGCACACCAUUGUAAAACCAAGUGAAGACGAACGGACGCUCGUGUUCAUGCCCCACUGCGAUGUCUCCCUCUACAGCCAAGUAAUGCACAAUAUAUAUAUAAAUGAAAAACUGAAAUAUGCCCAGGUCCAUUUUUUACUCACUUUGCAGAAGACCAUUCUUCUAGGAAAUUCAUUUGAAUACUACCGGGAGCAUAUCCACAUGUACAGGCCAUUUGGCAUCCCUUCCUACGCCAUUCGCAUGUUGCGAAAUGGAACAGCUCUACCAGAGAGUACCAGUGAGAAGGACCUUAAUCGAUUAGUGAAUUUUUACAAAAGUGAUCACUUCCUUUUUUACGUCCACAAGUAUGCGCGGCAGGAUAAGUUUCCCUUUUUCGCUGACCACGUUUCCGCUUUUAACGACAUGGCCAUUAUAACGUUUGGCUCCAUGCCAGAUCGACUCAACUUUUGGCUGAACGUGUGGACCGAUGUAACCUCUGGGGGACCCAACUGUGAAAUUGAGGGGUAA